AUGCCUUACAAUCAAAGUUAUCUCUCAAGAAGGGUAAGGAGAUUUCAACAAGUGGAUAUACCACUCAAGGAAGGAGUCAACAAAGAAAAAGAGGAUUUCAGGAAUUUCAAGGAAGAGGAUCUUGGAAUACAAGAUUCAGAGGAAGAGGAGGUAGAAGCACCAGUAGAGGAGGCUGGGGACAACAUGCAUUUACUCCUAGAGAAAGAGGAGGCGGAUAAAGGAUUCACAAUCUUUAUCUCUCCCCCCCCCCCCUUUCUAAAUGCGCAAAAGCAAGAACCAUCACAACCAAGAACAAAAAAACUAGGAUCUGAUCUGUAUGAUGAGACUGAAAUAGAAGAGGAUUUGAAAGCAGAGUAUUUGUGUCCGUUUUGCGGUGAGGAUUUUGAUGUUGUUGGUCUCUUUUGCCACAUCGAUGAAAAGCAUCUUACUGAAGCUAAGAAUGGGAUAUAUCCAGUUUGUGCUAAAAGGGUGGGGAUGAACAUUGUUACUCACAUUACUUGGCAGCAUGGGAACUUUUUUAAUGUGCAGCGUAAGAGGAGACUGCGGAGGGGGGGAGCUAACUCUGCAUUUUCUAUACUAAGAAAAGAGUUGCGAGAAGGAAGUUUACAAUCCCUUCUUGGUGGAUCUUUGUGCUUUGUUUUGUCCUCCAAUAUAGAACUUGAUCCAUUGCUUUCACCUUUCAUAUUUGUUGUCAUAGAUUUGCAGAAUUGGAAAACUUAAAACUAAGGUUCAACUUCUUGUGGUAUGAUAUUUGUGUUUUCCUUUUCUAUCAAUCUUUACACUAGUUCAAUUUUUUUUAUAUUUUUAUAGUGAAAAGAGUUGUACUGUAACCUAGUUUCCAUGGAAAUUUCACAUGUCCAUUUAGGCAAGUCAAUUGUUACCUAGAUUUGUAACCAAAAAGUUUUUAUUAAAUUGAGAAAUUUAGCUAUUG